AUCAUGGCGAAAUGGGCUCCCUCUGUUUCUCUCAACAAGCAAAGGGAGAUUAAGACUCCACCACUUGUUCUACACCAUCUCUUUACGUUCUUGAAAUGUGGGUCGGACUUCAACUAUAUAAGCAGUGUAAUUUAGAGGCUCAAUUUCUGGAGACGAUCAGUCAUGCAUUCAAUUACAGCGCCAGAAGUUGCCGUUGUGGUGGUGGUGGUGGCGGCGGCGGUGAUGAGCUUGGCCGCCGUGAGGAGUGAUGGAAUUCCAAGCACUGCGGAAGGGCAUUUUAAGCCAGUCACUGUGGCAUUGGAUCAAACAGGUAGAGGGCAUGCCAUUGAUUUGCCGGACAAUGACCCCAGAGUUCAGAGGACUGUCACAGGUUGGGAGCCUGAGCAAAUCUCUCUUUCCCUCUCUUUUGCUCAUCAUUCCAUUUGGGUUUCUUGGGUCACAGGAGAGUUUCAAAUUGGUGAAAACAUCAAACCAUAUGAUCCAAGCACUGUUGCAAGUUUUGUUCAAUAUGGAAAAGAAAAGUUCAAUUUGGAUCACAAUGCCACAGGCCAAUCCCUUAUUUACAGCCAACUCUAUCCCUUUGUUGGCCUUCAGAACUACACCUCUGGGAUCAUACACCAUGUCCAACUCACAGAAUUGGAACCAAACACAAUGUACUAUUACCAAUGCGGAGAUCCUUCAUUAAAUGCUACGAGCGAAGUCUAUCAUUUCAAGACGAUGCCAAUUUCUAGUCCCCAGAAUUAUCCGAGAAGGAUAGCUCUUGUGGGAGACCUUGGACUAACAUACAACACCACAUCAACCAUCAGCCAUUUGAUGAGAAACGAUGCUGAUCUUGUCAUAUUGGUUGGAGAUGUGAGCUAUGCUAAUUUGUAUCUCACCAAUGGAACCAGCUCCGAUUGCUAUUCUUGCUCUUUCCCUGAUAGUCCCAUACACGAGACGUACCAGCCGCGCUGGGAUUACUGGGGAAGAUAUAUGCAGCCAUUGGUGUCUAGAGUUCCAAUGAUGGUAGUGGAAGGAAACCAUGAGAUUGAAAAACAGGUGGGAAACAAGACAUUUGCGGCAUAUAGUUCUCGAUUCGCCUUCCCUUCCAAAGAAAGUGAAUCUUCAUCUCCAUUCUAUUACUCCUUCAAUGCUGGAGGGAUUCAUUUUGUGAUGCUUGGUUCUUAUGUUGCUUAUAACAAGACAGACGAUCAAUACAAGUGGUUGGAGAGAGAUCUGGCGAAGGUGGACCGGAAAAUCACACCUUGGCUCGUUGCCACGUGGCAUGCGCCUUGGUACUCGUCUUACACUGCCCAUUACAGGGAAGCUGAAUGCAUGAGGGUGGCAAUGGAGGAAUUGUUGUACAAUGCUGGAGUUGAUCUAGUCUUUAAUGGCCACGUUCAUGCAUAUGAGAGGUCAAACAGAGUGUUCAACUACAGCUUGGAUCCAUGUGGACCUGUAUACAUAACCAUUGGUGAUGGUGGGAACAGAGAGAAGAUGGCAAUUUCCCACGCAGACGAACCGGGUAAUUGCCCGGACCCGCGGGCCACCUCGGACGAGUUCGUGGGCGGGUUUUGCGCCUAUAACUUCACGUCCGGUCCGGCUGCAGGCAAGUUCUGUUGGGACCGACAACCCGAGUUCAGCGCGUACAGAGAGAGCAGCUUUGGGCAUGGGAUAUUGGAGGUGACGAAUGAGACGCACGCGCUGUGGACAUGGCAUAGGAACCAAGACAUGUACGGAAAUGCUGGUGGUGGGGACCAGAUUUACAUUGUAAGACAACCUGGGAAAUGUGUGAUCAAACAAAAGGCGUUUGAUCACAAUGUUUCCCUGUAAAAGAAAAACAAAGUGAUUAUAACUCCCAUGUAAAGCGAUUUUUUUAAGUACUCCUAUCAUUUUAGGAAAAUGCAAGAGUUGAGUGCAAAAACAUCGUAUAUCUACUUCUCUAAAACAAUGUUCUAUACACAAAAUAGUAGCGACAAAAAUCAGAAGUUGACAUGUCAAACAAAAAAACUCGUAGAUACACCCUCUUAAUGACUUCUGCCUGAGCCAACUUAUACUAGUAUUUUUUUUGCAAUCAAUUUUCUAGUAGUUU